GCACAUCCCGCGUCACUUGGGUAAUUUUACCCACUAUGUUGUCUUGGUAGGCAGUUAAACUAGGUUUGAGUACGCAACCAUUGGCUACGGUUCAACAUCAUCGCACUCCAAGUGAUCCAAGGUAGUGCACGCGUAACUUUUUGCUGCCCAUCUGAAAGUGGGACCAAGAGAACAAGCGGAUAUUUACAACUCAACCAUCAUUCGCCUCUAGUUUUUAUGCGGACUUCUUUCUUUUUUGUUAAAUGAGGUCCCACGAAUAGUGGGACGUAUAAACGACGUCGGCCUUGCUGUGGACGAAAGACUUCCAACUUCUCGAAAUAAACUGCUCAGUGGCUUCAAGUGACGGACUUUGCUUUUCUCCCUCUCCCAGCAGCGUGCUUUAAUCGUGCUGGGUUGGCAGAAAAUGGGGACUCGGAUAAGUGCCCUUAAACUCUACGUUUUUAUAAUCUCUUUGGCACUAGCGUCGCAUCUAUUUAAAGUGGCUCACAGCUCCAAAGUGUGGGAUGAAGUGCCCUUUCCAGAGGAUUUAGAGGAGGAAGACAAGCGGCCGGGAGGGUACGUGGAUGAUGAAGAGUACUACGAAGCCUCGGGAGGUACAAACAGCGGGGAUGAGGAUGGAAGCACUCCGGAACCAAUUACAGAGGAUUCGGGGAUAACAAUCUACUAUCGGGCACUGGUGAACUUUACAAACUCCUUCCAAUAUGGACCUGAACUAGAUGACAUUUCCUCUCCUGCGUUCCAGGAGAUUUCGUCUGCAGUUGUUGAUACGCUUGAGUCCGACUACAACAAAAUUCAAGGAACCCAGACGGUCAAUGUGGUGCUCAUUAAGAAUAUUGGCAAAGAUGUCUUUGUGGAACUGGACGUUGGCUCUGAUAACAACCCUAAUGAAUAUCAAAUCAGAGGUGUUCUGUACUCUGUGGUUGAGGAGGGCACCAUUGCCUCAUAUGACACCUCAGUAGUGGGAUUUCAGUUCAGAAGACUUGGAGAAGCUGAUAAUCUCUCUCCCCCGGAGCCCAUCGAUGUGCCAGUAAGGCCCAGAGAUUGUUUGCCUGAAGAGUUCACCUGCCUGGAUGGGGGUUGUGUCAACCUGGAAUAUGUGUGUGACAACCGGCCCGACUGCUACGAUUUGAGUGAUGAAGUGAACUGUUUUCCUAGACCUUUUACUCCUCCCACACCUCCGAGAACCAGACCCCCGCCUGGACCGGGACCCUGCCGUGCGGAUCAGGCCACCUGCCAGAACGGACAGUGUAUCUCACGGGAUUACAUCUGUGAUGGCGAACAGGACUGCAAUGAUGGCAGCGAUGAGUUAAGAUGUGGAACUCCUUCUCCAUGUGAGCCCAAUGAGUUUAAGUGCCAGAACGGCCGAUGUGCUCUGAAACUGUGGCGGUGUGAUGGAGAUAAUGACUGUCAGGACAACUCGGAUGAGAGGGACUGCCCCACUAAAGGUCCAGGUGACACAUGCGCUCCGGAGCAGUUUGCGUGUCUUUCCGACCGCACCUGCAUUCCUGCGAGCUACCAGUGUGAUGAAGAACCCGACUGUCCCGACCGCUCUGAUGAAUACGGUUGUGCACCUCCAACUGUGACCGUCCCACCGGAAGAGUCCAUUACAGUGUCGCGGGGUGAGACCGUGACCUUUACUUGCACUGCCAUUGGCGUGCCCACCCCUAUCAUCACAUGGCGACUUAAUUGGGGACACCUUCCAACCAAUAACAGAGUAACAAUGAUCAGCGAGAAUGGCCGCGGAAAGCUCACCAUCCGUGAUGUGAAGGAAGGAGACCAGGGAGCGUACACCUGUGAGGCCAUCAAUGCGAAAGGCUUGGUGUUUGCCAUUCCCGAUGGAAUUCUAAGUCUCUCUCAGAGACCAAAUCCAGUUGUGUCAUCCUCUCUGUACGUGUUAGCAGGUAAUUGCCGCGACGGGCACUUUAGUGUGGGUGAUCACUGCAUGCCCUGCUUCUGUUUUGGCAUCACAAAGAACUGUCAGAGCACCGGACGCUACCGCAGUCAGAUCCCGCUGCGCUUCAGUGAGGAGGAAGACUUCAAAGGAGUCAACGUGACAUUUCCCAGUCGUCCUGGCACUCCUCCACCACUCUCAUUCACUCAGAUGCUAAUCUCGCCAGAAACCGAGGAGUUUGAGCUUAUGGAUUUGUCUCGCCGUUUUCUCGAUCAAGACUCUUUUUGGUCACUACCGCGCCAGUUCUUGGGCAACAAGGUGGACUCAUACGGAGGUUAUCUGAAAUAUAAGGUGAGAUACUCUCUUCAGCGAGGAGAAUCAGAACCAAAGGAGAAGCCUGAUGUUGUGCUGAGUGGCAAUGGACUUAGACUCAUUUACCGAAGAGGAGACCCCACUUAUCCUAAAAUCAUCAACCAUAGAGAGAUCAAGUUUACAGAGGAAAACUGGCAGCACACCUCAGGAGGGGCCGUGACUCGUGAUGACCUCAUGAUGCUUCUGGCCAAUCUGGAGAGCAUCCAGAUUCGCACCAUUUAUGACAACCGCAUGGUCAGCGUCGGAUUAAGUGACAUCAGUAUGGACACCACCACCAAAGAGUACUCUCUGCAGGAGAACCCCAGAGACGUGGAAGAGUGCAGGUGUCCACCUGGGUAUUCGGGACUGUCCUGUGAGACCUGCUCCCCUGCUUUCGAGCGUGUACCUGGACCUUACCUGGGCACCUGCGCCGGCUGUAACUGCAAUGGUCAUGCCAGUGCCUGUGACCCUGCUAGUGGACACUGUCUGAGAUGUCAGCACAACACAGAAGGGCCUCAGUGUAACAAGUGCAAGCUUGGCUACUUUGGUGACCCAAGUCGAGGACGGUACGAUGACUGCAAACCCUGUCCUUGUCCGUACACAGAGACAUCUCGUCGCUUUUCAGAUACUUGCUUCCUGGACCAUGACAAACAGGCAACAUGUGACGCAUGCAGAACUGGCUACACUGGGCGACGUUGUGAGAAAUGUGCCCCAGGAUACGUUGGAAACCCUCUUAAGCCCAAUGGCAAAUGCAUCCCUGAUUCUAGCCCCAUUUCCAAGUGCGAUAACAGAGGAACAAUCAAUCCCAUCAGCAGACCAUGUUAUUGCAAGGCCAAUGUGGUCGGUACUCUGUGUGACGAGUGCAAGAGCGGUGCCUAUCAUCUGUCAGCGGAUAAUCCCGACGGCUGCUUGCAGUGUUUCUGUAUGGGAGUGACCAAACUGUGUGCCAGUUCUUCCUGGAGCAGAGAUCAGGUACGAGGUGGUGUCAAUGGACAACUCUUCACUCUUUCUAAUGCUGCCAACACCAGGACCAUCUCUGAGGGCAUUAUUCAGAGAGCCAGCACGGAGAUCGUCUACAGAUCCUUCUCUAGUAUUCCCAAUGAUAUCUACUACUGGGUCCUGCCUGAGAACUUCAGAGGGGACAAGGUUACAGCAUAUGGAGGAGAGCUGCAGUACCAGUUGCAUUUUGAGCUGCAGACACCCUCGCUGGUCUUUGAGGGACAGCCAGAUGUGGUUCUUCAAGGCAAUGGCAUUUUUCUGGAGUAUUACUCUCAGAUCAAACCACUUCCUAGAGUCCCUGCCACCAUGACUGUGUCUUUCAGAGAGUCUGCGUGGAGACGGUCUGAUGGCCAGCCUUGUACUCGAGAGCACCUGCUGAUGACCCUGGCUGAUAUCAGUGUGUUCAUGAUCCGAGCCACUUAUGGAGACAACAUGGCUGAGAGCAGGAUCGCCAAUAUUCAGAUGGACAUUGCAGUACCUCAUUCAACAGGAAGUGAGAGAGCACUAGAAGUGGAGGAGUGCGCCUGUCCCCAGGGCUACACAGGACCUUCCUGCCAGGACUGUGAGGUCGGCUACACCCGAACACCUGGGCUUUAUCUUGGCACCUGCGAGAAGUGCGACUGCAAUGGACAUGCCAGCGGAUGUGACUCAGAGACUGGAGAAUGUCUUAAUUGCCGUCAUAACACUGAUGGCCGUCAUUGUGAAAAUUGCAUUCCUGGGUUUUAUGGAAAUCCUAAAAGCGGGGAUGCACAGGCAUGUAGACCCUGUCCUUGUCUGGGACAAGCGGAUAAUCAAAGAACUUGUUUUGCGGACACAGAUGGACAGCCCACAUGUGAAUGUCCCGCCGGGUACACUGGCAGACGCUGUGAGAGAUGUGCUACUGGAUAUAUUGGCAAUCCUCUGCUUGGACAAAGAUGUACUCUGAGCAACAAUAACGGCGAUUGCUACCGCUGCGACCAAAGUGGUAGUGAGGGAUGUAGUUCAACAGGAGUCUGUCGUUGCAAAAUGAAUGUUGAAGGGUCGACCUGUUCCAUCUGCAAACAAGGGACGUUCCACCUGAGUCCUUCCAACAAAGAUGGCUGUCUGUCCUGCUUCUGUAUGGGCGUCACGCAGCAGUGUUCCAGCUCCAACCACUAUAGAGAUGUGGUAUCCACCACAUUCACACCAGGAAACCAUCGAGGCUUCGCUCUUGUGAAUCGCCAGCGAACAAACCGCAUUGACAGUGGCUUCUCUGUCGAGGUGUCCACAGAGGGAACACAGCUGUCUUACACAAACUUCAACUACCUUGGACAGGAGCCUCACUACUGGCAGUUACCCAACAAUUAUCAGGGAGAUAAGGUUGGUGCAUAUGGUGGAAAGCUGAAGUAUACAAUCUCCUAUGUGCCAGGACCCCGAGGUUCCCCAAUAGAGGAUGCAGAUGUUCAGAUUAUUGGUAAUGACAUCACGCUGGUGGCACGGCAGCUGUGGAGAAGAAGUCAGGGUGCCCGAGAGUCCAAAAGUUUUGAGAUUAUUUUCAGAGAGGAACACUGGCAGCGUCCAGAUGGCAUGCCUGCUACCAGAGAACACCUGAUGAUGGUGCUGGCCGACCUAGAUGACAUCUUGAUCCGGGCGUCUUAUCACACGGAGAUGCGCUCAUCCAGCAUCUCUGGGAUUCGCAUGGAUAUUGCCGUGCCACUUUACACAGGCCUCGCGCAGGCUUUGGAGGUGGAGCAGUGCCAGUGUCCUCCGGGUUACCGCGGUCUGUCGUGCCAGGACUGCGCAGCCGGAUACACUCGCACAGGUGGGGGCUUGUAUCUGGGCCACUGCGAGCCGUGCGAAUGUAACGGCCACUCUGACUCCUGUCAGCCGGAAAGUGGUAUCUGCACGAACUGCCAACAUAACACCAAAGGUGAGCUUUGUGAACAGUGUGCUGAUGGCUUCUUCGGAGACCCCACUGCUGGAACCCCAGAAGACUGCCAACCCUGUGCCUGCCCCGGCACGGACCCUGACAAUCAGUUCUCCCGCACCUGUGAGAGUCUUGGUAACGGAGGCUAUCAGUGUACUGCCUGUCAGCCUGGUUACACUGGCCAGUACUGUGAACGCUGUGCGUCUGGUUAUGUUGGAAAUCCACAAGCAAGAGUCCCAUGCCGCAGUGAGGCUGCGUCUCUGGUGGUAAAGGUUUACCCUGAAAGGGUGCAGGUGGCUCAGGGAAGCCAAGUGACGCUCAGGUGUCAAGUAUCUGGAUAUCCACCACAUUAUUUCUACUGGUCCCUUGAGGAUGGACGUCCCAUCUCCAGCACAGCAGAGAGACGCAGACAAGGAGAGGAACUGCAUUUCCCCAGCGUGCACCCCGGCGAUGCUGGUGUUUACAUCUGCACCUGCCGAGACCAGCACAGCACCAACAGGAGCAAAGCCGAGAUCGUUGUUACAACUUUGCCGUCCAAGGCAAUCGAGGUCUUUAUCGAGGAACCGAAAACCCAGAGCGUGACAGCGGGAGCCACAGUAAGCUUCAUCUGCACAGCCAAAAGCAAGCUGCCUGCGUACACCCUGGUUUGGACCCGCAGAGGCAAUGAAAAGCUGCCUAACCGUGCCAUGGAUUUCAACGGAAUCCUGACCAUUCAGAAUGUGCAGCCUGUGGACGCAGGCAUCUAUGUCUGCACAGGCUCCAAUAUGUUAGGCAUGGACGAGGGCUCCGCCCUCCUGUAUGUUCCAGAGGCAUCUCAGUCACAGAUGUUUUACACUGCCUAUGAGAUGUUUGAAGGACAUAGAAAGCCUAAUGAGGGGGUCAAGCCGGUGGCUUCGAUCAAUCCACCUGUGCUGACGGUUCAUCAGGGUCAGCGGGCGGAGUUCCGCUGCACAGGAUCUGGCAACCCCACCCCUGCUGUUGAAUGGACAGGAGGUCCAGGAAACCGUAUCAGCCUCAGAGCCGUCAUUCGCAAUGGACUUCUGACCAUCCCAUCUGUGGAGCGCUCUGAUGAAGGAGAGUACAUCUGCAAGGCUCUGAACACACAUGGCGAACAUACAGCUCGAGGAGUUCUUCAUGUUCAAAGUACAAAUCAAGCUAAUGGUCUUCCACACGUGCAAGUGAGCCCCCCGAGUGUGGAAAUUCAUGAGGGGGAGACUUUAAGGUUGUACUGCAGGGCUGUUGGAAGCCCCACACCUGGCCUCAAAUGGAAGAAGAGAGGUGGUUCACUACCACCACAGGCAAUUUCCUCACAUGGUUUCCUUCAGUUUAAAAGCAACAGUCUCGAUGCGUUACAGAGACGUAUUGCGGAGCUAAAGGCCCGCGAAGAGCGCACUGAUACUGGCACUCUGCUCAUACCAAAUAUUAGAUCCUCUGAUGCAGGCACAUAUCUCUGUGUUGGAACCAACACUGUUGGGUCCUCAGAGGCUUACAUUGAGGUCUUUGUCAAAAGAGGUGAAAUCAUUCCGUCUGGAGUCACCAUCCAGCCCUCCAUUGCCUCCGUAGCAGAGGGAGAGAAUCUAGAUCUCAACUGCAUUGUCCCUGGAACAUCUCGAGCAUCUGUAAAAUGGAGUCGGGCAGGUGGACUGCUGUCAUCCAAUCAUCAGGUGCUCGGGACUCAUCUGCGUAUUCUGCAAGCCACUUCAGAUGAUUCUGGAGAAUAUAUCUGUCAUGUAGAGAACGGCCCAUCAUCUUAUCAUGCAUCUGUAUCUGUGUCUGUGACGUCCAGAGCCUCGCGUCUUCAAAGCCCCAUUAUCUCUAUCGAGCCGCACACUGCCGCAGUAAAGCAGGGCGACUCAGCCAGCUUCAGAUGCAGGGUACACGGCGGGGCACCACCAGUGCGUCUGGAGUGGAAACCCACCAACAACCAGCCUCUGCCAGAUAAUGUGAAGACAAGCCCUGAUAAUUCAGUGCUAACUUUUUCCAAUGCACAAGCAAAGAACCAGGGCACCUAUCGCUGCGUGGCCAGUAACCUGUUUGGAAUUACUCACAGCAUGGUGUCGCUCAUCGUGAAAGAAUCUCCCAAAGCUGUAGUGACACCUACAGGGCCAGUGCGAGUCAGAGUCGGCGAUCCCAUCAACCUUGAGUGCCAGGCCGCUGGAGAGCCUAGACCUUCUGUCAGAUGGCACAGACUGGACAAUAAUCGCAGAAAAAUCUUGAGCAGCCCUGUGCCUGCUGAUUCCAACGCUGUUAUGCAGAUUUUAGUUGCACGCCCAGAAGACACUGGGACGUAUGUGUGCACAGCACAGAACAACCAGGGCACAACAGAGACUCGAAUAGAAGUGCUUGUAGAAGGAGGAGCUCAGAUACCCACCGUUCCCCGAGCCAGUGUGCGUGAGCCUAUGAUCGUUGUGGUGGAGGGAUCAACCGCCGUUCUUCACUGUGAUGCUCACGGAUUCCCUAAACCCACCAUCACAUGGUCUAAAGAACGGUCUUCUCUGCCUUGGAGACACAAGAUAGUUGACAACAGCCUCGUCUUAACUAAUGUGGGCCGCCAGGAUUCCGGUCAAUAUGUCUGCAAUGCCAGUAAUCACAUGGGCAUCAGUGAAGUCACCGUCAUGCUGGAAGUAGACACUCCACCCUAUGCCACUUCCUUGCCCGACGACGUGUCCGUGCGAGUGGGUGAAGUAAUCCGACUGCAGUGCAUGACCCACGGCACCCCACCCCUGCGCUUUGACUGGAGUAAGGUCAAUGGCAGCUUGCCUUCUACCGCAAAGGUUCAAGGCGGAGACCUCCAGAUCAACCUGGCCACAGAAGACGAUGCCGGGACAUACAAAUGUGUCUCUAGCAACACUGUCGGCAGGAGUGAGGCGUUUGCCAAAGUCUCCGUCCGAUCACCCCUAUCGGUGAAGGUGUCUCCUCAGGUAGAAGUGAAGGCUCCGGGGAUGGCUGUGGAGUUCACAUGUGCUGCUAAAGGAGGCCAUCAGGUUGAGAUUGAGUGGCUCAGGGAGGGCGGGAUUCUCCCACCAAAUCAUCACAUUUAUAAUGGAGUCCUCAGAAUCGAGAACCUCCAGCAAAGCAAUGAGGGAAUAUACACGUGCAGAGCCAGCAGUCUGUUUGGACAGGCUCAGGACAGUGCCAAACUCAGCAUUCAAGCUCUCCCAAAAGUGAUGAUCAAUGUACGCACAUCGGUGCAGACGGUGAUGGUGGGGAACUCGGUGGAGUUUGAAUGCCAUGCUGUCGGUGACCCUGAGCCCUUAGUGAGGUGGAGUAAGGUGGGAGGCUCUCUUCCCGAUCAUGUGGUGGUUAAGGGGCACAUUCUGAGGAUUGAGCAAGUGACUGAGGCAGAUGCAGGACAGUACCGAUGUACAGCAACCAAUAAUGUGGGAUCGGUGCAAUCCCAGGUGGCCCUCAAUAUCCAAUCGCUGCCCCAGAUUGCUGCACAGCCCGAGACAAAAGAAGUGACCGUUGGCUCUGAUGCCAUAUUUCCCUGCAUAGCAUCCGGAUAUCCCGUUCCAACCAUCACAUGGUCAAAGGAAGAGAACGAGUUGCCGCCCAAGUGCCGACAGGAUGGACAUGUACUGACAGUUCCUGCGGUCACACAUUCAGACUCUGGGACGUACGUGUGCACAGCUGCCAAUAAGCAGGGCAAAGUGGAGGCCUUCACCAGACUCCAUGUUCAUGAGAGAGUGAUGCCCUAUUUUACCCAGGAGCCUCUUUCUUACCUCACACUGCCCACCAUCAAAAACUCCUACAAUGCAUUUGGCAUUAAAAUAACCUUCAGGCCGGACAAUGUUGACGGGCUCAUUUUAUAUGCCGGUAUGAUCAUAUAUAAUGGACAGAAGAGAACCUCUGGUGCAGAUUUUAUAUCUUUUGGGCUGGUGGGUGGCCGUCCUGAGUUCAGGUUUGAUGUUGGUUCAGGGAUGGCUACCAUUCGAUACCCCACUGGUAUUAAACUGGGUGAGUUCCACACAGUUGAAAUCUAUAGGAACCUGACACACGGCUCUCUUGUUGUGGAUGGAGAAGCUCCUGUUAAUGGAACCUCGCAGGGAAAAUUCAAGGGCUUGGAUCUGAAUGAGGAGUUGUUUGUGGGUGGUUAUCCAAAUUAUACUAUGCUCGCCAAAACCGCAGGCAUUAAGACGGGAUUUGUCGGUUGUAUCAAGCAGCUAACGAUUCAAGGCGAUGAAGUCAUUUUCAAGGAUCUCGACAAAAGUUCCACUGGAGUUUCAAACUGUCCCACAUGCAAGGACAGUCCCUGUCAGCGUGGUGGCAUUUGUGAAGAUUCAGUAGCCAGUCUCUACAAAUGCAGAUGUCAGAGAGGAUACACAGGCAGCAACUGUCAGCAUCACUCCUCCCUGCACUGCCACACAGAUGCAUGUGGACCAGAUGCCACCUGCAUUAACCGGCCCAAUGGUUCGGGCUACGACUGCCGAUGUCACCUGGGCAAAUCUGGAGACAAAUGCAUGGCUGGUACUCUGGUAACGACACCAUUGUUUGAUGGAGAAGACUCUUAUAUUGCCUAUCCUCCUCUCACUAAUAUUCACAAUGACCUCCGCAUUGAGAUGGUGUUCAAGCCUUUGGAUCCAGAUGGUUUGAUGUUCUUCUCUGGUGGCAAGAAGGUGAAAGUGGAGGACUUUGUAGCGGUGUCCAUGGUGAAUGGACAUGUUGAGUUCCGUUAUGAGCUUGGAACAGGUCAGGGUAUUUUGCGCAGUCAAGAGCCCUUGUCUCUCGGUGAAUGGCAUCGUGUGGUGGCGGAGCGGCUCGAUAAGGACGGAUCCUUAAAGGUUGACAAUGCCCGGGAGAUCACACGAUCCUCUCCUGGAAAAGCCCAAGGUCUUAACAUCCACACGCCAAUGUAUCUGGGAGGAGUGCCCAGCAUGGACAUCUUGCCUAAACCUGCAAAUGUUAGCAUGCUGUUUGAUGGAUGCAUAGGCGAGGUCUUCAUAAAUGGAAAGAAGAUGGAUCUUUCAUACAGCUUUAUUGAGAGCAGAGCCAUCAGUCAGUGUAAAGUUGACAACCCGUGUGACCACAGGCCUUGUAUGCAUGGAGGCACUUGUAUGGCCAGUUUUGAGUAUGAGUACCAGUGUCUCUGUCCAGAGGGAUAUGAGGGUGAGAGAUGUGAAAUAGUAAGGGAUGCCUGUCGGGUAUCGUAUCAGUGUCAGAACGGUGGCAGCUGUGUUGAUAAACACUGCGUGUGCCCUGCUGGCUACACAGGCCGACACUGUGAAAAAGGGCAGGAGUCCAGCGUCUCCCAGCAGCUAUGGAAUUUGGAGGGUAGUGGGGCAAAUGAUUCUCCCAUCGAACAUUCUGCAUAUUUUCAUGAUGAUGGGUAUCUCGCCCUUCCGAAACCCAUGUUUCCACGAAGUGCCCCUAAUUCUCCAGAAACCAUUGAGUUAGAGAUCAACUCCGUCUCUAGGGACGGCCUCAUCCUGUGGCAGGGAGUGGAGACCGCAGGCGCUUUAAGCGUCCAUAAGAAUCAUGCUAGUAGAAAGGAACUAGGAGACCAAGGAAAGGGCAAAGACUUUAUAAGUCUUGGUUUACAAAACGGACAUGUUGUGUUUAGUUAUCAGCUUGGCAGCGGAGAAUCUCGAAUUGAGUCCAGAGAGCCGGUCAAUGAUGGACGUUGGCACAAGAUCACUGCUGUCAGAAAAGGUAAAGAUGGAUACAUCAAGAUCGAUGAAGGAUCUGAGCAGGGUGGGCAAUCACAAGGCAGUAGCAUCAUGGUCAACACUAAGGGCAAUAUAUACCUGGGUGGCGCUCCAGACACGAAGUCAUUGACUGGUGGGAAGUUCUCGUCAGGCAUCACCGGUUGCGUGAGGAACCUCUCGCUGACAAACGCACGACCGGGAGAACAGCCAGCGCGACCCAUCGACCUGCAGGUCCACGCGGAGGAGGGCAUUAACGUGGAGCGCUGCUCAACAUAGACGCACUAAACUUAAACACUAUAGAAGAGACUGCAGGAAAUAAUCCCUCAUUCACACACACACUGGGAAAGAUCUCAGACGCUUACAGGACUGUUUUUUACUCACAAUUAAAGAGACACACACUGAUACUUGUUCUCGGUGCUUCAACGCAACCAAAAAGCUACAAGAAAGGAUUCUUCGCUCUGUGCCGCAUUAAACCAAAAAAACAAGAAAUAAUUAACGAUAUUAUUAACAAGUCUUCACGUUUUCAGUGUUCUAUGCUCAAUGAAGGACUGUUAACACAGAUGCUCCAGUACGGUGUACAAACUUCGAACAGCAGCUUUUUAGCCACGAGUAUGUCGAGAAAAACAAAACAUGAUGAGCCUUCUUCGAUGGGUCAAAUCCUAUGGAAUUAGCGAUGUUUUUACAGCACUGAAUUUUUAUUUAUGAGCAUAUUAAUCUAUAUAUAUUAUUUUUGUGGGGGGAUGCAAACUAACAAUAACCUGCUCAUCUGUUUCCUAGAGAUUUUAGGCUCUAAUAUUGAGUGUCUGAUGCUUUAGCACCCCCAUCUGUGUUAAUACUUGAAGACUCUGCUGCCUUCUUUUUUUUUUGGAGGCCAGUGGGGGCGAGCAUGCUAAGAUAUUUGGGAAGGGGUCUCUAUGAGGUCACAGCACAUAAGACAUCAUUACGCAUCUCAGGUGAAGUUAUUUGGGAGAUCACAUCUAAAUAUACGAAAGUACACAACUAAUAUGCUUAACAAUGUUGUGUCUGGUAAAUGUGUCUAGUAAACAACAAAAACAACUAUGUGGUGCUAUUUUCAGACAUGACUAACUACAAGCACAUGAUCACAUUUUCCAUAUUCUGUUAUUUUCUAUGGAUUUAUUGUUUGUUUUAAUUAACAAAAGUCACAACUUAUAUGACAAUAAAGUGCUGUUUACCAAUUGCCAACCCUGAAAUCGAAGUAUUUAGAUUUGUGUAGUAAGUUUUCAUAUGUGAGUGGCAUCUCGAAAUAUCGAAGAAUGAUAAAAAAAAGUUUAACAUUAAAAAGAAGAACAGAAGAAGUUCUUACAAUUUUCUUUAUCCCAAAUGUUACAUUACAUAGUGUUACUUAUGAAUGUUGUUUGUACUGUCUUUGUUUUUAUUCUUGUGUAAUUCUAUACACAUCCACACUGUCUGAUCUACUUUGCAUGAAUUUCUAUGAAUUUCUUCCAUGAGUCUUACUUGUGCCAUUUUAAGAUGGGAAGAAAAUUGUGUGCUUCUAUGUUUUGUUCCAUAGUGUGUCUGCUGUGUGUGUUUGAUGACUUCACGAUAAUAAUCUUGCAGAUCCUCAGAAGGGUUAACAGAGAACUGCCUUCUCUACGGCUUCAUGUUCAGAUUUAUUGGGUCAAGCAGGCAGUCCAGAAUCUCUUGCAGCUCGCAUUAUGAGCAAAGCUGAAGUGAAACUGAGAACAGAUGGGAGACACAAUAGAAGGUUUACAUUUAAAUGAAGGGUGGGGAUCACACUCUUCCAUUAUUGUGUAUUAGUCAAAAGCAUCUUUUAUUUGUGCUGUGACUUGAAGCUCACAUGAGCAUGCUCGCCCACAUAGGCCAGACCGGGGUCAAAUUUUGCUUUGGUUGCCAUGUGUCCUUUUCACCUUGUUUGUUCAUUUUCUUUCAAAAGAAUCAUUACUGCUUAAAUUAAAGUUGCUUUUAUUUUA